AUUAAAGACAGUAUCAUGAGUAAAUUAAAUGUUUACGAGAUAGAUUUCCAAAAUCCACGGAACUUCCAAAAUAUUGAAGAAAUGUACUUUGGCGCCGUAAUAAAUAGCAGUGCUAAUUCAGAGACCCUUUUGCAAAUUAAAAAGCAAUGCCUUCAAUUUUAUAUUGAAUCUUUAAAACAGAUCUUGUCUAGAUUUCCCUUAAAAGAUUCUAUUUUUUCAAAAUUGGAUUUCAUGGAUCCAGAGACUGUUGUAAAUAGAAAAGUUAAAUCUAUUGCCGAUGUUGUGUCACAUUUUUCCAAUCUGCACUCCCAUAGUCUUCAAGACAUCGAUAGUCAAUGGAGAAUGUUGCGAAAUAUAAAUUUUGAUGAUUUUAAUUUAUGUAUUGGUGAUGACAUCGUAUCAUUUUGGCGGAAAGUUUCUAAAAUAAAAUUGGGUACCGGUGAACAAAAAUUUGGUAAAUUAAUUGCUUUCGUAUUUAAUUUAUUAUCUUUACCGCACUCCAGUGCGAAUGUAGAAAGGUGUUUUUCUCAAAUAAAUUUGAAUAAAACCAAUAUGAGAAACAGAUUAAUUAGUAGUACCUUGGAGGGUAUACUACUAACAAAAAGUUUGGUUUCCGAAGGCGGUCAAUGCGAUAAGUUUGAAAUAAACAAAGAGAUGUGUAAGAAAAUGAAUAGUACUGAUUUGUACAAAAACAAAGAAAAUGAGGGGUCUGAUUUAGACUCUGAUUAAAAAUAUAAUUUUGUAUACAUAUUACCUUGUUUUAUUUCAUAUAUGUAUUAAUGUAUUUGAAUUUUUACUUUGGUAAGUACAAAGGUCCACUAUAUUAAAAAUUGUAAAGAAAAAAUUAACACGCCGCUGCUUUGCCAUUCAAAAUGGAAUUCUCACGAUUUAUCACGAUUUUUUACGAUCAACCUAACGAAAUCUGUUCAAUGCCAUCUGUGAUCACUGUUUGACGUGACAUUUUAUUUUUGCAAUUGCUGUUGAAUUUUUGAAAAAAAAAUUAGUUUUGUGAUUUGUUACUGGUAAGUAUGCAUUGCAACGUCAAAGUUCACAACUUUUUAGAAAUUUUUAUAUUAUACUUGAUGAACAAAUGAAGUUUGAAUUAGUAUGUACAUCAGGAAGGACAAACGCAGUUCAGUGGGUCUAAUGUUUGUUGUUGUAAAAAAGUUACAUUUUUCACAAAUGAGAUAAAUAAUUUGUAGUACUGUAAAUACUCGUAGCAUAAUGAACUGAUUUGGUUCUAUCCCUUCAAAUUUGGCUAUACUUUGUUUUUUAUCGAAGAAUUUGUUUUUUUUAUCGUAUUUUCUUCAGAUAAUGUCAAAUAUAAGAAAAGAUAAGGACCCACACAGAAAACUUACAGAAGCGGAACUUCUUUAUUACCUCGAAAAUGAUAUUUCUGAUAUCGAAUUUUUGUCAGAUGAUGAGUUGGAAUUAGACGAAGUGUGCAGAGACCAAACAAAUGAUAACGUUUUAGAUGGAAUAAGUACUGAAGAUCGAGAAAAUGAAGAUGAAGAUUUGGCAGAUGAACAAGAAGGGCCGGAGGAAAUUGUAAUUGGGGAAAAUGACAAAGAUGAUAGAGGGCAAUUCGAAAAAGAAAAAGAAAAUUUUGCGAAAAUCCAUAACCUAACUGAAAAAUCAAAAAUAAGGUGGAUACAGAAAGACAAUAUAGAAUACGAAACAAGGAAUAUUCACUGGCAUGCAAGUCAACCAUCAACCUUAGUUGUAGAUUUGCCAGCUCCAGUAAAAUUUUUUACUAAAUAUAUUCCCGAUAAAAUACUGCAACAAAUGGCUGAUAUGACAAAUUUAUACGCCACGCAGCAAAAUACUGCUAGGUUUCCCUCAACUAGUUUGACUGAAAUCAAAUCUUUUAUAGGAAUCCAUAUUAUUAUGGGAAAUUUACAGUUUCCUCGAGUCUCCAUGUAUUGGCACCGUAGUAUGGGAAUACCAUUAGUGAAAGAUAACAUGCCUCUAUCUAGAUUCUACAAGCUGCGCCAGGCAAUACAUAUAGUUGACAUUACCAGCCGCGAAGAAAACAACCAAGAUAGAUUGUGGAAGGUAAGAUGUUUGUACGAGUCUGUAAGGAGAAGAUGCCUCAAGCUUCCACUAGAAACUAAUCUGUGUGUCGAUGAACAAAUAGUUCCAUUCAAGGGACAAAUCAAUAUCAAACAAUAUGUAAAAAACAAACCCACAAAAUGGGGUAUCAAAAUCUACGUCUUAGCCGGCCAAAGUGGCCUGAUAUACGACUUUCUAAUUUAUCAAGGUUCGACAACGCCCUUCAGUCCUAUAUAUGUAAAAUAUGGGUCGGCGGCUGCCGUGGUUAUGCAACUUAGCGAAAGAAUAUCUGAAUCGAACCAUGGCCUAUUUUUUGAUAAUUAUUUUACUACUUAUAACUUGAUUCAGUAUCUUGACUCCAAACAUAUAUACUGCGUAGGAACCAUAAGAGCAAAUCGUUUUGCCAAUCCAAGGUUGCCAAGUGACAAGGAAAUGAAAAAGAUUGGCCGUGGUUCUUCUGCGGUUUCAAUCAGUAAAGACGGCAUUGUCAUCACAAAAUGGUAUGAUAACAAAGCAGUACUGACAGCUUCAAAUUUUGUGGGGAUAGGAGUGGCGGACGUUUGUCGAAGAUGGGAUAAAACGAGAAAGGAAUAUGUACAAGUACCUAGACCUGAAGCUAUAAGACGAUACAACAGUAAUAUGGGUGGUGUCGAUAAGUUAGAUUUUUUACUAAGUCUAUAUCGGUCGUACGUUCGAUCAAAAAAAUGGACUGUCAGAAUGAUCACCCAUGCUAUUGAUCUAGCAUUGGUAAAUUCAUGGUUAGAAUACCGUACACAAGCAAUUCUUUUAGGACUUCCCAAGAAGGACAUUCUUGAUCUGUUAGGUUUUCGCAUGGAAGUGGCAGAAAGUUUAAUUUAUACCCGACGUGCUCCUAAAAGGGGAAGGCCCUCCGAACAAAUAGAGAACCGAGUCAUUUGUGGAAAGAAAAAAGUUGAAAUAAGACCUACAAAUGCCCAAAGGUUUGAUAAAUACGAUCAUCUUCCACAGUAUGAUGACAAAAAGGAAGCGUCAAGGUGCAAAAAUCAAGAUUGUAAGAGCAGAACACAUAUAUAUUGUCAAAAAUGUAAAGUCCAUCUUUGCAUUUUAAAAGGGAGGAACUGUUUUUCAAAAUUCCAUUCCAACUAG